CGACCAAUGAACAGCCGUCAACAAACAUUCCUCGGUGACGACAAUUUCAAAACAUUGGAGGAGCAGCUGAGGUGAUGGCGGUGGAACAAGAUGUCAUACUUUUGUUAAAUCAUAAUUAUCUCUUCUCGAAUUUUGACCAACAUGCAGCAGACUGGAAUGCCCCGAGUUUACUUAAAGUCUACCAGAGGCUGUUAAGUGUGUACGACUCGACAUUUGACUAUGAUGGUGAUCCAGCCAGCUCCACCUCACACCAGUGUUUUGUUCACAUACAAAAGUGCCUCCGGUUAUUGGGGAUUGAUCACCUUGCACCAAAGAUAAAAGAUUUAACAGAUAAAUCAAAAGCACUAAGGAUCAUCUCUGCCAUUGACGACAAGAUAACAGGUCGUUACAACAAGCAAUUGGCUGCCAGGAGGAACAGAAUUGUGAUUAAAAAAGAACAAGCAAACAAGGCCCCCAAGGUAAAGUAUCUGACAGUCUCCACUGUAAACACAAAUCAAGAAAAUGUUGAUCCAGGUGUUACUUGUGUCAAGUCAGAAGAACAAGAAGCAAACAAGGUGUCUGAGGUAAAGCAUCAUCAGGUGAGCACAGAAACUACAAAUCAAGAAAAUUUUGAACCUAGUGCCACAUGUGUCAAGGAGUCUGUAUCCCCAUGCAGAGAAACUCCUACAUUAUAUUCCAGAAUUGACAUUACUACUCAAGAGAAGUGGCUAUUGGAAACCAAAACCUCUUCUUCCAGUACUUCCCCUGAAGAAAACAUCAUUCCUUUCAUACCAACAGGUCGACAGCUCCCUAGAACCCCAGUAAAGUCAUCUAACAUAUCUGACAUGGAAAACCAGAGCUUUUAUGAGGACAAGAAGAAUACCUUCCUUACCCCUGCUGAUAAGGUUUGUGAUAACUCACUGUCUGACUCAGAAUUUUCUUCACAACAAGGGACACAUUCAUAUCUCACUCCUACUGAUAAGAGGAUUCUUGAUAGCACCAUGUCAGAUGAAGAAUCUCCACAAGAAGCAACACAGAGUCCUACAAGUGAUGUAGAGUCUAAUUUUAUUCCUUCUGGACGGCAACUUUCAAGAACUCCAAACAAGUUGGCAGAAAUUGAUUGUUGCACAGAGAAAAAUGGUUGUAUGAAUUUCACUCUUGGUUCUUCAGUAUUGGGAGAUGUAGAUUGUUCUCCAGAAAAAUAUAGAAGUAAGCAAGCCUCCUCAGCCUCCAAUGAAAUUUCAUUGGAAUCUUCAUUCAAUAGUAAUGUAAUAAUUAGAGAAAAAUCCCAAGUAAAAGAAAGCAGUGUUGAUGAAAGAACAUCACAGUUUUCAGAUUUUAAAAAUAAAGGAUUAAAAUUGGGAGAUGUACAACAUACUACUGUGGUGUAUUCUAGCCCUCAGGUUAGUUCAGAUCAAACCUUCAUACUCACAUCUGCAGAUGAAUCUUGUACAUUUUCACCUCCAGUGAUAUAUAAGGAUAUUCAGACAUUACCUAUUACAAUUUUGGAAUCUCCUGUGGGUAUUAAAAAUCACACUAAUGUUUUCAUUGAAGCAAAUAACACAGGAAGUUCCCAACAAGAAUUAAAAGUAUCUCCAGUUUUAGACAAGUGCAAUAUUGAUAUCUCAUUACAUUCACCUGACUUACUAAAAACUGAUAUUUUGUAUGAGCAACCUUUACCAGGAACUUUAUCAGGGUUUUACUGCAAGACACUUGUGGAUUAUAGUGUGCAUGAAAGCUCUGCAUCUGGAUAUUCAGAACCAGUGUCUAGACACAGUUUGAUUGACCUUGGAAAUUAUACUUCGAGCUCUGAAGCUUAUCAAGAGAAGGAUUCAGAAAUAUGUUUACUGAAAGGCAAGACAGUACAGGAAGAUCAUUUGGGGGUAGAUGAGGAUAUUAGUAAAAAAUCAUUUAUUUUGGUAAGUAAAGAUAACUCAGAAUUAGGAUUAUUGGAUGAAAGUGCUGCUUUGUCUGUAACUCAUCAGAAUAUUCCACACAUUGAUUGUGUCCUCACACCACCUGUUGGAUUCAUGGAUGUUAAGGCAACUUCGGAGGAUCAGUUGGAAUCCUGUGAUACAGAAGAUAAUUCUACACAAGAUAAAAAUAGUAUUGAUACAUCAGUAGAAGCUAUUAAUACAAAACAAUUAUUUGUUUCACAUGGAGAGCCUAAGCUGAGAAUUUCUUCAGUACUAAAUGAAAUAAAAAAUAUGGAAAUUGAUGGCACAGAAGUAAGUGUUUCACCAGAACAGGAAAAACUUACUGCUACUCAAAACACAAAGACAAAAGUAUCACUGAGAGAGAAAUUAGCAAAUAAGAAAACUAGUAAAGUGACCCGUGGUGUUAAUGAAGAAAAGAAUCUUGGGGUUUCUCAUCAAGAAACGAAGACAACAGGCAAACAAUGUAACAAGAAAGUUGAACAAAUUACUACAAAAUUUUCAGAAGCACUUGAUGCUCCUACAAAAAAUUUAAAGAGUCCACAGAAUCCCAGCAUGAAUAAUGAAAAACUGACUUGGAUUAAUGACACGUUUACAUUGUUAGACUUUGAUGAUUCAAUGGAAAUUUUCCCCGUAAGAGAAAGUAGAAAAAAGGACAAGAAUAAAACUAAAAUUCAAGAAGGAACAAAAGAUUCCUCAGGGGUUAUUAGAGGAACCUCAAAAAAUUCCAUAAAAACUGAAUUUGCUGGAGCCAUUAAUAAAGAUGCAAACACACCUGCCAAAAAGUUGUCACUUCAGAAACAAAAAGCAAAACCAUUCAGUGAUCACUUGCAGAAACCCACAAAAUCAGACUUCGGUAACACACACAGAUUUGUGGAAGAUGAAAUUGGCAGUUUGGUGGAUGAGGUUCAGCAUGUAACAAAAGAUAAAAAAGUGCAUAAAGAAAACAAAAAACCCCAGAGGGAUACCAGGCAGGAAAGUGUGAAACACAGCAAGCUAAAAUCGGGCAAAUAUGAUCAUGCACCAAUUCUUGAGGAAAUCAAGCCAGAUAAUAUGAAGGAUAAUAAAAAAGUUAACCAUAAUUGUGAAAAGACCAUAAAAACGGGUAUACCUGUUUUAGUAGAUCCAAACAAAGACAGUACCAAACAAAAUACAAGAGAAACUAAGUUGGCAACCUUCUCUGAAAGUGUAAAGGCAUCAGAAGUAAACUGUGACAUGGGCACUUUAAAAACAAAAUUGGCAAGAAAGAAUGUAAAGAAAAUUACAAAAGACCUGCUGUUAUAUCAUAAAGAUUCUGAAGAUCAUAUUAAUAACUCUGACAUUGAAAUAACAAAAAGUAGGAAGCCAACAGACAGUAAUGCUUAUCAUAAUGAAAGUAGCAAUAAUAUGAUUCUCUUAGAGUCAGCAAGAGGCUUUAGAUCAAGAGGGAGAACUAAGAAAUCUAAGUCUACCAUCGCAUCUUCUGACACAGUAGAAAGUUGCAGUGAUGUUUCCAUUGAGAGAAAGGAAGUUAAAGAUUCAGAAGCUGGAAUCAAGCAAAGAACAAAGUCAAAACUGAAAGAUCCAGAACCACAUACUGAUGAUUUGCUAUGUUCUGAAACAAAAAAUAGUACUAAAAAAAAUUCUGGAAAAGCUCAAAGAAAAAUUUUACAGUUCACAAGUCAAAUUCCUGAACCAACUAGUGCAACUAAACUUGUAAAAUCAACAUCUGAAAUCCAUAGUGUAAGUCAAAAUUGCAGUAAAAAGUUGGUGAGUAGAAGCAACAGUGAACAGACACUGAAUGCUUCAACUGAUAAGAUACGUGAUAGUGAACCAAGUGAGAAACCAAUAGCUGAUAGUAAGAAAAUUUCAUGUCAGAUUCAGAUCAAAGAAGUUGAUACACACAUUGACCAGAAAGAUAAAAAAGCUGUUAGAUACAAAACUACAUCAAACAAGAAAGGGGGAAAGAAAUAUCGUAAUUUAGAGAAAUCACUACCAGUCCAUGCCACUUCCAAAGUAGAUGAAGAAUUUUGUAUGAAUCUUGAAUUGAUGUCUCUCCAGUCCUGUGAAAGUGUAGAACCACAAGCCAGUAAUGAAAAUACAUAUGUAUCUAAUGCCUCUGAGUGUAUCAAUACAAGACUUGGGCAGAAGAAGGCAAAAUUUAACUCGGAACAGUCACUUGAAAUUUCUAAUGUUCUGUUACAAAAUAAAGUCAGUGCACAGCUUCAGUUAUUAUCACUACAACCAACUGAAAGAAUAAAUUCAGAGGGCCUCAAGGAAGCAGAAAAAUUUAAUGAAAAAAGAAAUAGAAUAAAGAUACGUGCUGACCUAAACACCAAUGCUGUUGAAAUGCUCCCUAGUUUCAUUCAGAAAAGAAAAACACUAGGUACAAACAGAAAUAAGUCCUCUACAUCAGAAGGAAAAGCACCAGGUCAAGAAACACUCUCAUCUGACCAAGACUUGGCUAUGAUGCAAGAAAAAUCUAGUGAAGAAAAAGGCGUACCUGAUACACCGACACCCACAAGUAAGAAGAGAAAAGAGAAAUAUGAAGGCUACGAAAAGGAAAGCAUGAUGAUUGACAGAGUAAAUUCAGAUUUGAGCAGUACUGAAGAUACAAAGAUCAAGAAUAAAAAGGUGAAUGGAAAGAAAAAGAGUACUAAAGGAAACAAAGACUUUCAUGAAGAGUCUACUUGUGAAAGCAGCAGAUAUUCUACUACUCGGCCAGGACGUAGAUGCAAAACAAAGGCCUUAACAGCUAUUUCUGAAAUCUUUAAUGAAUCAGAUAGUGACUUUCUCCACCAUAUUAAAGCCAAAAAGUAAUGUUAUUUAA